CACUGCGCUUUAUCUUUAGAGGUGGGUCACUCAGUAAGAGCCAUUUGGAGCCGGAGGCGACUCGGAGCGCAUCAUCAUCAUCAUCAUCAUUAUAAUAAUAAUAAUAAUAAUAAUAAGAGCAGGAGACAGAAACCCAGAGAGAGAGAGAGAGAGCACAUUGCUCCACAUAGAAGAAAGAGAAAGAAACAGCUUAUACACGGAAGAGAAGUGAGUGAUCGAGAGUGAGUUCAAGUUGCACUGUGCGGGGUAAAUAUUAACAACAAAAGACACUCCGAAGGGGACGAAAGGAGCCGGAAAAGUGACGGUGAAGAUGCCGCGGGUAGUCCCGGACCAGAGGAGCAAGUUUGAGAACGAGGAGUUUUUCCGCAAGUUGAGCAGAGAGUGUGAGAUUAAGUACACUGGGUUCAGGGACCGACCCCAUGAGGAGAGACAAGCUCGCUUCCAGAACGCCUGCAGGGACGGACGGUCAGAAAUAGCCUUUGUAGCCACAGGUACCAACCUCUCCCUCCAGUUCUUCCCCGCUAACCUGCACGGAGAUCAGAGGCAGCUUCCUGCAAGGGAGUAUGUGGACUUUGAGAGAGAGACAGGAAAGGUCUACCUGAAGGCUCCCAUGAUUUUGAACGGCGUGUGUGUGAUGUGGAGAGGCUGGAUCGACCUACAGAGGCUCGAUGGGAUGGGAUACCUGGAGUAUGACGAAGAGAGGGCGCAGCAAGAGGACGCUUUGGCCCAGGCGGCGUUUGAAGAGGCCCGGCGCAGGACCCGAGACUUUGAAGACAGAGACCGAUCACACAGAGAGGAUCUAGAGGACCCUGUGGUUUCUAAAAUCUGGGACUGAUGACACACAGACAGCCAGCAGAAAAGAACAGGUGCAGACGACAGCAGGACCCCAGCCCUGGCUCAAACAUGGCCGACGCUGACGUAGAACACAAGAUGCGCUGAGGAAGAAGAGCAUGACGACGUAGUGAAAAGAGGAAGAGGAGAAAAACAGGGCUGGCUGUCCUUUCACUUUGAAUACAGUCAAUUGAUAACAAGUCAAUUGUUGACAAAUUGUUCAUUAUUAUUUCUUAACAGGUUCAAUACGAUCCUUUUAACUCACCAAAAAUGUUUUUUAUUUUUAAGUGAAGAAGAAAAGAAAAAAACUUCCUAUAUUGAUUGAAUUUAAAGUGAACCAAGAUCUACAAUAGAAGGAUUAACAGUAUAAAAAAGACACAAAGGACCUGUGAAAAAAAGGAGUCACAUACAUUUAAACACAAAGUUUCAGAUAUAUACAGUAGCGAUCAAAUCAAUCAGAUGUUUUAAAUCAAUUGACAGGGUUAAAUUCAAAUACCAAAAGUAUAUUUUCUAUGGAUAUGAAAUGUUGUAAACUAGAGGGAGACGGUUUGUGGAGGGUGAGGAAGAGGAGAAAGAAAGACAGAAGCUGGAGGGAGCAGAGAAAAGAGAGAGUUGUUUUGCUCAGGGUCACGUUCAAGGCUUAUUGUUCAGGAUUACCAGAAGAGCAUGAAUCAAAAGGGAGAUGUUGACAGUUUGAGGGGCAAACAAAGUCCAGAAGCAUUGUGUUUGAAGUUCAACGCUGUGCGACACUUGUUAACCCCAACUACACUGAGCACACUUCCUGACCCCUGCUGUUUUUUAGACCAAGGUUUACAUGGGAUGAAAAUAGGCCGAACUGAGUCAUAUGCAUGUUUGCAGAUACCAGGUGGGCAUCCAGAGACAAUAGUACCAGGUUAUAGGAUUAAUUAGUAUUUGCUGUACUAUAAUAUUCACAAUGCGUUUGAAACCUCAAUGGUGAGAGGCCAGUGACGGUAGAACCACACGGUUCUUAUAGCAACAACCUCAAAGCCGGACGGAUAACAAAGAAAACUGCUACAAACCGAUUGGGUGUUUUUGUGGGGUGUGUGAGCGUACGGGUCAAUUCAACAACCCUGAGUCCGCUCAGAGGUUUGCACCAUGUGACGCAAUCAGACUUAUGCAUGAAACCAAACAGGCCUAAGUUCUCCAACGUGCGGCCUGUUUACAACAGAGCACCGUGUUCACAGUGCUUUGGAAGCCGGGCGAUCCGACGUGAAGCCAGUUGUAACCAGGUGGUGUCACCAAGGGGGACUUGAAGAUCUGAAGUGAAUGUCCGACAAAAAUGAACCUCAUCAUUGUGCAUGGAAUUGGUAAUAAUUAAUUUCCUUUAGAAUUGAGUGUGUUCCCUUUCAGUGCAACAUGACAUCAUGACAGCAUUAAUGUCUACUGAAAAAAUAUCUCUACAUUUUAUUGAAAACAAUCUCCAAAAGAAGGAUUUAAGUGUUCCUUUUUGACAUAAGAUCUCCUACUUCUUGGGGUGAAUAGUUUUUUUUUAGAAAUACAAAUGAAAUGAGGCAGAAAGGUAGAAUCACUCAACAUUACGUAAUAUUUCUUUGGCCAGGUUCUAGAUUGUACAGUCAUGUACAAGUCAUGUUACCAAUGCAAUAUAGUAAGAAUCCAUGUAUUGUUCAAUCACUUGCCCAGUUAUCCUUCAUCAUUGAAGGACGGUAAAAGCCUGAAUACAGUUGAGAUACUUGUCCCUGUCCUGUUACAGUACUAUGAAAUAGUAUGUUUUGUUAUCCUAUUAUUUUGUUUGUGUGAAAGUCAUGAUGUUUACUUUUUGUAUUACUUCUCACCUCUGUUGUAAUCAUUUAUGGUCAUCUGUCAGCUUCUUAUGGACUAGUAGUAGCAGCUGUAGCCUUUUUUUAAUGUCAAACUGAGUUGAAAAUUACAAAACGUCAACGAAAUGUAGGACUUUUUUUGCUUUAGUUUUUCAUUAUUUUGUGUUCCAUGUAUGAAUGUUAUUUUUAUGGCCUUUUUUAAGGAAAGGCACUCCCUGGCAUAAAUACAUUGCAUGUGGAUAGACUCAAACCCUUUUAUUUUUAUAUUGUGCAACUUGGGGCUCAUUUCAUUUCACAGUGUGAUUUACAUUUAGUAAACUAAACUGCUUUAUUACUAUUAUGACCAUGAAAAAUUCUUUAUUCAUGCUCUUCUUUUUUCUGACUGACUUAUUAAGAAUUUUGCUGAGCUUUAGACAUUUUAUAAUAUGUGAUCGAUACUAGUCAAAAUUCAAAUAAAAAAAAAUAAUAAUCCAUGAUGAAUUUGAUACAACAAAAAGAUAGUACUAAAUAGAUAGGUUUAAGUUAAAAUUGUAACAAAUAUGUACCCCAUCGCCUCCCUAACAUAAACACACCAGGCCAAAUUAUCAAGCUUGAGGCAUAGCAACAAAACAAUGCAGGUGUUUUCCCCCGAAUAGGACUUCAAUCAGAUAACCUCAAGUCCAGGAAUUCACUUUCUCAUGGCAACAUUAGAUAUUUAGAGAGAGCAUUAGAGAGAAGCUUAAAUGCUUUUUUUUCUCAGAGCAAAAGACAGCUGGCACUGUGACCCAUGUGGAAAACAUACUCUCUCUCUCUCCUGUAGCACGUUUGGUGUGAUAAGCGGCAUAUUUUUUGUGCCUUAAAACGUCCGGCCCAGUCGACACAUUAUUGAAGUGGCAUUAAAGAUUGGGAGUGCAGAUGUGUGGUCGAGAGACUGAGGAAGGCAUCAGAAUAUGCACUCGUAGCCGGUAUAGAUUUACAUCUGGAGUGGAUGUUAUGUUUACAUGACAGACAAUCUGCGUAACUCUCUUUGAGUUCAUUGUUCAACAUGGAAUUGAAGUCAUUGGUAUCUUUGAAUCAGUGGGAACUGACGGAGCAUUGGUAAUAAACCAGUACAAUGAGAGGUGAGAUGUAGGUGGACAGUCAGAAAUAGUACAGUUACUGUGUUUUUAGAAAUCUAUUGAAAGUAUUGGUGAUUUCUGUACUACAUCUGGAUCUACCAAUGGUCCAACGAGCUUGCUUUCCCAACAAAUCUACUAAAUUCAGAACUUUUUUAUCAGAAAUGACCACCGUUCAUCGCCCUUUCUUACACAUACCCAAGAUCAUUUAACUAUUAUUUGGUGGUUUCCCAUGUAAACACAUUAGUCAAUACUCUAUCCCUCAAAACAUCUUAAUGCAGGCAUUAAGGCAAAAAAGAAAACCAUAAACCACAAACGUUUUCUUUCUGUCUUUCUGUUUCUCUAUUUUUGUUUGAGUUAUUCACAUGUAGGUUUAAUUUUCGAGAUCCAAAGAAUUUCACUUUCCCUGGAAGUUUCUCCUUUCUGUUUGUAUGGUCUGCCUUUCUCUCUGUUUAAAGUUAAGCUUUUCUCUCAGAAGAAUCAGUAAUAUCAGAUACUCAAUUCGAAUUGUUGUAAGUAUUUCUUAAUAAAUAUGUAUAAAUUCAUGCAUUUUAUCCAGAUGCUUUUCAUGAAAUCAUGUGCUGCAGGACUGUGCUGUGUGGGAACCUUGCUUAAUUAACAUUUGUGGCUCUUUCCAAUUUGUGCAGUUAUUGAUUCAAACAACUUAUUAUAUAUUUGAGCCCAUCCAAUUGGGUGUUGGAUUACAUUUAUUUUAACGCAUUGUUCUCAUGCAACCUGAUAUGUGAACUCAACUAAAGGGUUAUUCCCAAAGGGGCCGCCUGUUCUCCACCCAGCCAAGAGUGAACUGCAGGUGAAGUGCUAGCUUGAUGUCUUCAGUUCAUCCGAAUGUAAAUUCAUCAUAUACAGUUGCACAGAUCCUUUGUAAAAGUGACUAAAUAAAAUGUCAAAUGUUUUAUUUUUUUCUGCA